AUGGACGCCAGGGCGAUGCGGUUCGAGGACGAGAAACGGCGCAUAAUCGAGAGCUGUUUCAGCAAGAAGGAUGUCGACGGCUCCCUCCUCGAAACCUACAUAACCCACGUGCGAAUCACCGAAUACUCAUCCUACCCGACCUCACCACCUCCCCCCCAAGCACGCGGACAGAAUGCAGAGAAACCACGAAUCAUCAUUGUCGCGGUGCGCAAGUCUGGCCGCGUACGGAUGCACAAGUCGAAGGAGAACACGAAUGGUACCUUUUCGAUCGGCAAGACCUGGAACCUCGACGACCUGACCACCGUGGAAUCCUUCACCGGCCCGACGGCAACUGCGCAGAAUCGAGAAUGGGCAGGCGAUACUGGGUUCACUGUGACUAUCGGCAAGCCCUACUUCUGGAACGCCCAAUCCGACAAGGAGAAGAAGUUCUUCAUAGCAAGCUUGAUCAAGAUCUUCGGGAAGUAUACAGGAGGAAAGACGCCCGAGUUGACGGGCUUUGAUCAGCGAGAAUUGGAUCAGGUUCUGGGUGGCGGCAGACGACCGCCACCACCGCAGCAACAUCAAGGACAGCCACCGUCGCGCCCUACUACUUCAGACCAGCAACAAGGCCUUGGGCGACCCCCGCCGCUUCAGAAUCCAGGGCAACCACCGUCGCGUCCCACAACUUCCGAUCAGCAGCAGGGCCCGAGCCGCCCACCGAUGCCAGAAGGUGUGUCCAGCAAUGUUAGCGGAUUUUCAGCCUCCUCUUCAACGAUAUCCACGAAUGCUGCUGCUGCAUCGAACUAUUCCCUUCAGCAGACCGCUGUGCCGCCUCCCGCCCGUCGAUCGCCUUAUAUGCAGAACGGCACGAAUUCGCCGAGUGGUAGCGUCAACUCGUCGAUAUCGCAAAACCAACCAGCCUUCAACCGACUUGCCAGUGCCAACAAAAGCCAAGAGUCUGUCGCUGCGUCCUUUGCGACGAGGAGCGAUGAUGCCUCUAGCCUGCCGCCAAGAUCCAGAAAUGGCCAGCCAGGGCCAGGGGCCUUCGGAAGAUACGGUGAUACUGCAGAACAAGUGCCAACAAUACAACCGCAAACACAAGACGAGAGACCGCCCGAACGAAAGCGCCCACCGAUGGAUCCUUUGCGGCCCCAGGGUAUUGCUGACAAGGAUUUGGUACCCGCGCCAUUGAUGAGCCCAAGCAUGCGACGCGAUCCCGUCGCCCCUCCUCCUAGAAGCGUUGAUAGGAUGUCGCCCAGGAAGCCUUCAAUAUCGCAAAGGUCAGAGUCAAACUCGUACAAAGAACGGCCAGUCACGCCCGGGUCAUUCAAGGAUCGACCCGUAACACCAGCAGCUUCAGAAGCUGCACCCCCGCCGUCCAACGACGGCCCAGGAGAUCUGAAGCCUCCUCGAAACGGCUCUGUAUCAACGGUUUCCAGUGCUGCUCCUGUGGCGGUACCAGAGCCCCCGCCGGAUCCAUCUUCAGUGGACAACGCAGUCGAUGACGAGGAGUCCCGCCCAGGCCUUGGCCCCAUGAUCAAAUCGAAGAAGUCCAAGGGCGAAAUUGCAGGCGCGUUUUGGAAAGCUGCCAGUGCAGCCAAUGCCUUUAAGCCGCGGCCGGGUGGUGCAGGAGAACGUUUGCGUCUCGCUGCUACCAAAUCAAGCGAGGACGGGUCCGACGGAAUCACAGGCGUCUUUCAGCCGCCUCCACGACCAAAAUCCUCCGAUGCCGACAAGACGCAGGUUGCCGAGCCCACUCCAGCCGCUGACGCAGUACCUCCGUUGCCAGAGGUCAAGAUCACUGUGCCCAACUCGAGUCGCCCUGCAAGCCUGCAGCCCUCAAUCAAAGAGGUCAAGCCGGCUGAAAUUGAGGCUGUGAAGACCGACGAUGCUAUGCGCAAGGAUGACACUCGAAAAUUUGUCAUUGCUGGGAACGAUGCCAGGUAUCUGGCGACGCUGGGUGUCGACCCAUCAAUAAUGAACAACAAAAGCAGUGAAUUCACGAAGUGGCUCGACUUUUUCGGCUGGGUUCCGGGUCAGCAAAUGCGUUCACGACACAUGGAUGAAUUGAGAAUUGACGUCGAUCGUGAGCUCAACAAGGCUCAAGCCGGUGGAUGGCUGGCACGUUUUAAGGAGGACGAUGAUCGAGUCGAUGGUAUCAAGGGCGGUAUCGAUACCGCUAUUGCCGAGUGCGAAGAGCUGGACAAUCUUCUGACACUUUACAGCGUUGAGCUAUCAACGUUGUCGGAUGAUAUCGCAUACAUUGAGGCACAGGGGCAAGGUCUGCAGGUUCAGACUGCCAACCAGAAGACCUUGAGAAAAGAGCUAGAGUCGUUGCUGGAAACCACGGCAAUCACAUCGAACGAUCUUGGCGCCCUUCGAGGAGCACCUCUUGAGAACCUCAACGGCCUCGAGGGAAUUGAGCGCGCUCUCGUCACGCUCUACAAAGCUAUGAUGAAGAUUGACCCGACAUUAGGUGGUGACCAGUCAAGAAAAAGCAACGACGGCGGCAUCGAUAAUGAUCAGUCACUUGGUCUCGACAACAGUGACUAUGGUAAAAUGCGCAUCGUCCAGGAGAAGAAGCAGAUGUACAUGCAAGAGAGCUCUCUAUUCAUGCGACGCCUUGUCGAAUACAUGGCGCGGCAAUUCCAAGAGGCAACGAGCGAGACGAACCGCCAGCUCGGAGAAGCACUGUCACGAAAGGUUGACUCGCACCACCACGAUGCCGGCAGAGACCUCCUUUGGAAGUACAGUCCCCUGAUCCUGUAUGCCAGAGACGUCGAUCUUAAGAAUUGGGACCGCCUGCUGCAGCUAUAUCAGGACUUGAACCAUCCCGUUUACAAACGCGAAUUCCAGCAAAUCAUGACGGCAUGGAAGAAGAACGCCCGCAAAAUGUCGUCCGACGAGACUUCUGAAUUACUGUUCACGUCACAUGCCGAAAAGAAGGAAGAAGGCAUCGCCACGACUGCAAGGAAAUUAACGGUCAAGCGUAGUCAGACUUUGGCCAAAUCCCUUCGCAGCCCUCUCGACGGUAGCAGAUCAAAUCUCAAGUCAAGCGAAGGCCAAAGUCUGCCUUACGAGACAUUUGGUUCCGUCCUAGACGACAUUUUGCCCCUGGUCGAGAUGGAACAGAAUUUCAUCGUGGAUUUCUUUCACGCAACGACUCUGGACCAGUCAGACUUCCCGGACGCUGUUGCCGCUUUCAGGCCGAGGGACCGGCAGGGUGGUGAUUUGAGGAGGCAUCGCCUCAUGGAGCCUGAUCGAGAUCUCGCCCGCAGAGUUACCAAGGCUAUGGAGGUCAUCUUCGUGUUCAUGGAGAAUGAACUGUCAGGACUUGUUCAAUGGGUCCUGACGGUAGAUAACCUCCAAGGCGUUGGCGUGCUCGCUGCUAUGGAGCGUAAAAUGGCUGAAAUUUCUCAGACCAACCAGGACUUCCUUAACACACUUCUCCAAAAGCUACAUAGCACACUCGAAGGCCGGUUCAAGAAGUUUGUCGAUGAGCAGAUUCGCGCAAUCGAGGAAACCAAAGUCAAGAUCAAUAAGCGAAAGGGCGUCAUCUCGUUCAUCCGCAUCUUCCCUAAUUUCUCCACCGCCGUGGAGAACAUUCUCAACGGAGUUGACAAGAACCUUAACAUUCGCGGCACUGUCGAUCGCGAGUAUGACCGCAUACUCAAAUCCAUGUUUGACUCGCUCAAGAUCAUCGCCAGAGAGAACCCCGCCGUUGCCGUCAACACGGGCGCCUCGGCUGAUUCGGAGGAUAAAGAAGCACUCAACUUCCAUAUCCUGCUCAUUGAAAACGCAAACCACUUCCUCGAGGAGGUGGAUGCGCGCGGACUGGAGGUCCUCGAGGAGUGGCGUGCAAACGCCACGGCUGAGCUCGAUGAACAUAUGCAGCUCUACAUUGGUGCCGUCAUGCGCCGCCCUCUCGGCAAGCUGCUCGAAUACCUCGAGAACAUUGAGGCGCAGCUCGCUUCCGGCAAGCCGGGCACCAGCAUCGCUGCCCAGCCUUCUAACUCCAGGGGCGUCUUCAACAAGGUCGUCGGCAACUACGACGCGAAGGAGGUCCGUAAGGGCAUCGAGACCCUGCGAAAGCGUGUCGAGAAACACUUUGGAGACGCCGACGACCCAGCUCUCAGCCGGAACCUCGUCACCAAGGUGCUCAAGGAGUGCGAAAAGUUUUACGGGGACGUGGAACUGCGCAUCAGUCGCGUGACGGCUGAUGUCUACAACGGGGACACGUUGUUCGAGUGGCCCAGGGCGGAGGUGAAGAGCGGCUUUUCCGGGCUUGGCAAAUAA